AUGUCUGUCUCAGGUAAAAAUGUAACACAUAGAAAUUGGAUUGAUACUCUUAGCGAUAUCUGGAAAAACCAUCCUGUUGCACGGAUUCAGAAAUUAGCAGACAAAAGUAUCAAAAAUUAUCAGAAUGAAAUCAAAUCUCAAGCUGUCUUAAAAUUCUGGACAGAUAUCGAAAAAGCAAAACUCAGAAACAAAUUAUAUUCUAUUCACUUCAAUGGAUUUGCAGAACUGGUUGAAAAUAGAAACAAUUUCGGGUACAAUGAACUUCAAGAUAUUCAGGUCGAAAAUAGUGAUAUUCAAGUCGAAAAUAGUGAUAAAUCAGCCGGAAAUACAGAAUCCGGCUUUGAUAAUGAUGAAGAACCAUACGAAGAGGAACAUUUUGCACACAUUAUUGAUCUUGAUAAAGUGACGGAACGAGAUAGACCUCCGUUCUUGAAUAUUACCGAAUCACAAUUACCAUCAAUAAAAUUACCUAAAUCUGUUGAACAACAACUUGACUAUUAUCUGGCGGAGACAACUAUUGAAAAAAUUUGGGAAUCAUUCGAGUCAUACAAAAUCGUAAAUUCGGACGAUGAGCUUUACACUCGCAAAAGUCGUGGAUCACUUGCAAUGUGUGAAUAUAUGAGUGGCGGUCGAAGGGCGAGAAGUAGUCGAGCUGGCGUUAAAUAUUUUGAUGAAUUUCGUACUCAUUUUUGGGAGAGGCCUGAAGAUUCAUUUGACAGAAUCCGUAAUAUAAAUAUUUCCAAUUGCAGACGAAAUAGGAGAAAUUCUUCAUCUACACCUUCUAUUGGAGAGGUUGAACAGACUCUAGGCCAAAGAUCGUCUAGCCGAAGACAUGGUGAUUGGGUAGUUGAAGUCGCCAUGUUUGCUCCAAUAUUUCUUGGAUUUCCCCCAUCAUCAUCAUUAUGGGCCAAAGAUGGAGCUUGA